AUUACUCCCGGUUUUUGAUCUCUCUUACCCUGAUAUCCAUUGCUUAAAUUACUAAAAAGAAUCCCCCCCAAAGUUUAUCUAUCUUCUAUAUUAUUGUUUAUUAUUUUGAAACCUAAUAAUCUUAUUUUUCUGAAUCAUCUCCUUGUAUUGAUCUUGGUUCAAUUCCUUGUCUUUUCUUUUCAGUAUACCUCGCCCUUCUCGCUUCAAAGGGGACUCAGAGCGGCUUUACCGAACACACACACGGCAAACAUUCAGUGCCUGAUUCUACAAUUAAUAAGGACAGACAACAGAGACAGAGGUAACCUCUGGAUGAACCUUGUGAAGAACACAGACCUUUUUUAGGACUGAAAUGAACGUACACAGCACUGACAAGAACAAGAAAUAAGUUGCAGGAAUUAUAUUUCAAGCUACAUACCUGUGUAUUCAAGGAGGAAAGGGAGGAUUGUGCUGUAAGAAGAGGGGCUUGGUAAAGAGGAAAGAAGACUACAGCAAUCAAUACAAAGACUCAGAAGAGGAAAACUUGUCUGGUUCAGUAGUACAUAUCUGUCAACUUCUGGCAUAAUAUUUUAAUCAUAAACGUAAAAAAAUGGAAAAUCUCCAUUCCUUGUCAAAAUCACACACAGGGGAGAAACCACAUAAAUGCACGAAGUGUGAAAAGAGCUUCAUUCUUAGUGGACAUCUGCGUACACAUCAAAAGAUCCACACAGGGGAGAAGCCACAUAAAUGCAUGGAAUGUGGGAAGAGCUUCAGUCAGAGUGUACAUCUACAUAAUCAUCAAAAAACCCACACAGGGGAGAAGCCACAUAAAUGUAUGGCAUGUGGAAAGAGCUUCAGUCUCAGUGCCAGUCUGCAUUCCCAUCAAAGGAUCCACACAGGGGAGAAGCCACAUAAAUGCAUAGAAUGUGGAAAGAGCUUCAGUCAGAGUGGAAGCUUGCGUAUCCAUCAAAUGACCCACACAGGGGAGAAGCCACAUAAAUGCAUGGAAUGUGGGAAGAUCUUCAGUCAGAGUGGACAUCUGCGUACCCAUCAAAGGUCCCACACAGGGGAGAAGCCACAUAAAUGCUUGGAAUGUGGAAAGAGCUUCCGUGAGAGUGGAACGCUGCGCUCACAUCAAAGGAUGCACACAGGGGAGAAGCCACAUAAAUGCAUGGAAUGUGGAAAAAGUUUCAGUCAGAGUGGACAUCUGCAGUCCCAUCAAAGGACCCACACAGGAGAGAAGCCACAUAAGUGCAUGGAAUGUGGAAAGAGUUUCAGUCACAGUACAAGUUUUCGUAUCCAUCAAAGGAUCCAUACAGGAGAGAAGCCACAUAAAUGCAUGGAAUGUGGAAAGAGCUUCAGUCAGAGUGGACAUCUACGUUCCCAUCAAAGGAGCCACAAAGGGGAGAAGCCACAUAAAUGCAUGAAAUGCGGGAAGAGCUUCAGUGAGAGUGGACAUCUGCGUUCCCAUCAAAGGAUCCACACAGGAGAAAAGCCACAUAACUGCAUGGAAUGUGGAAAGAGCUUUAGUGAGAUUGCGAAUCUGCGUCUCCAUAAAAGGACCCACACAGGAGAGAAGCCAUAUAAUUGUGUGGAAUGUGGAAAGAGCUUCAGUUGGAGUGGACAACUGCAUAUCCAUCAAAGGACCCACACAGGAGAGAAGCCACAUAAAUGCAUGGAAUGUGGAAAGAGUUUCAGUUGGAGUGGACAACUGCAUAUCCAUCAAAGGACCCACACAGAGGAGAAACCACAUAAAUGCAUGGAAUGUGGAAAGAGCUUCAGUCAGAGUGGAAAUCUGCGUUCCCAUCAAAGGACCCACACAGGGGAGAAGCCACAUAACUGCUUGGAAUGUGGAAAGUGCUUCAGCCACAGUUCAAGUCUGCAUGCCCAUCAAAGGAUCCACACAGGGGAGAAGCCACAUAAAUGCAUGGAAUGUGGAAAGAGCUUCAGUGAGACUGCGAAUCUGCGUAGCCAUAAAAGGACCCACACAGGAGAGAAGCCACAUAAGUGCAUGGAAUGUGGAAAGAGCUUCAGUCACAAUGCGAGUCUGCACAUUCAUCAAAGGAGCCAUACAGGGGAGAAGCCACAUAAGUGCAUGGAAUGUGGAAAGAGCUUCAGUGAGAGUACGAAUCUGCGUCGCCAUAAAAGGACCCACACAGGAGAGAAGCCACAUAAGUGCAUGGAAUGUGGAAAGAGCUUCAGUCAGAGUGCACAUCUACGUUCCCAUCAAAGGACCCACACAGAAGAGUCACAAUGCAAGUCUGCAUAUCCAUGAAAGGACCCACACAGGAGAGAAGCCACAUAAAUGCAUGGACUCUGGAAAGAGCUGCACACAAGGUUCAGCAUGCAUUACACAUGAAAGAACUCACACACAGCUAGAUGACUCCUGCCUGCAUGUUUCCUAGUUCUACUAAAAAAAUUUCCCCACUCAAGGGUCCCAGGCAGAAAAAAAUGAGACAAUGGACAGAAAAAUGAAAGCCGCCACCUAGGUCUGUAUCUAUCGUGUACAGUAGUUUAUGUGGUCUGGCUUUACUGACUCAUAGAAUCAUAGAAUAGUAGAGUUGGAAGAGACCUCAUGGGCCAUCCAGUCCAACCCCCUGCUAAGAAGCAGGAAAUCGCAUUCUGGAAAUUCAGGAAAUUGAUUCUGGGGGCAGGUCUUUUCUCAGUAUUGCAGCCAGCUUGGAAGGGGUUUACCUGACCUUUUCCUCCUCGAGAAAAGCAUUGCAGGAUUCUGGGAUGAUCUGUGAAGGCUUUCUGAAAUGAGCACCAGCUGAGAUUUCAUGAGAAGAGGGUUCUGGAAAAGAAUAGCUCUUUUGUAGCAGAUAACAACAUAGAUUCAUAUUCUUGCCCUGGAUCUUGGCUCUGCUGCCUCUCAGAGAGAAUUCUGGACUCUGGCCUUGUUCCUAUAAUCCUGUUCUGGACUCUGUUGUACCCUAAAUGGUUGACUUUAAAUUCUGGACUGAGUGCUUGGCUUGAUUUAUGGACUUGGGCUUCAGUUUGCAUCCCUGCCUCUCUGGCUUGACUUUGGAAUUCUGACUUUGGUUUGUACUCUUGCAUUCUUGGUUGUUAUUUUAUGAACUGUGGUGACUGCAUUCCUGACAUCUGACUAUUGGACUGUGACCUUGGGAAAUAUUUGUUUAUUUGUAAAUUAUGCUUUUAAUUGUAAGCUCCUUUGGGUUUCCUUCGGGAGAGAUAAAGUGGGGUAUAUAUAAACAUAAUAAUAAUAAUAAUAAUAAUAAUAAUAAUAAUAAUAAUAAUAAUAAUAAUAAUAAUACCUCCUUAGAGUAAACCCCCUGUAGUAAUUGAGACUGUUCAGUCCUUACUAUUACCAUUGACGAAAUGUCCUUUAGGAUACACAGCAUCUCUCCCUAAUUGCAGAGGAUGGAAGACAAAGAUUGAUGACAUCAGCUGAUGAAGAUUCUUAAAUUUAACUAAGACAAUUUAACUAAGUUGAUGAAGGGAAAUAUUUGUUUAACUACAAGCAAGAUUGGGAACUACUAAUUUACUAGUUAUAAUAAUGAGGGGAUAUUUGUUUAUUGUGGGUUUUAGGAAUUAGUUCAAUAUAAUUAAAAAUGGAAGAGUAAAUACAGAACAGCAUUUAAAGUGAGUAAAUAGACAUAUAUAUCAGCAUGCAGUGAGAGUUUUUUAGUUUCAUUUUUCUGUUAGUUUUGUUGUUAUUGUGUAGGUCUGUGUUGUUGAGUCUUUUAUGUUUAUUAAAUGUGGUGGAGGCUCCUUCUUUGGAGGCUUUUAAGCAGAGGCUGGGUGGCCAUCUGUCAGGAGUGCUUUGAAUGUGAUUUCCUGCUUCUUAGCGGGGGGUUGGACUGGAUGGCCCAUGAGGUCGCUUCCAACUCUAGGAUUCUAUGAUUCUGUGAAAUAGUCCUUUUAAAAAAAUGCCAAUAUUGUAAUAUUGUUAAAAGAAUUAUUGGAACAAUCUAUUAAGAGUACAGAAAUAGAGGAAGUCAUUAAGAGUUUAAAAGCUGAGAAAGCUUCAGAUCUGGACAGAUUGGGAACAGAAUAUUAUAAAGGUUUUAGAGAAAUAUUGACUCCAAAAUUGUUAGAAUUGUAUAUUGAAAUAGUGUAAAGAGAGAAAAUACCUGAGUCAUGGAGGAAGUCAUUAAUAAUAUUACAGUAGAGUCUCACUUAUCCAACAUAAACGGGCCGGCAGAACGUUGGAUAAGCGAAUAUGUUGGAUAAUAAGGAGGGAUUAAGGAAAAGCCUAUUAAACAUCAAAUUAGGUUAUGAUUUUACAAAUUAAGCACCAAAACAUCAUGUUAUACAACAAAUUUGACAGAAAAAAUAGUUCAUCACACAUUAAUGCUAUGUAGUAAUUACUGUAUUUACGAAUUUAGCACCAAAAUAUCACGAUGUAUUGAAAACAUUGACUACAAAAAUGCGUUGGAUAAUCCAGAACGUUGGAUAAGCGAGUGUUGGAUAAGUGAGACUCUACUGUAAUAUGAAAACCUGAUAAAGAUUUAACAGACAUCGGCCCAUAUCAUUAGGUAAUCAGAAUGCAAAGAUAUUAUUAGCUGUAAUAGUCAAUAGAAUGAAUAAAUGUAUACAAAUAUAUAUAAAAAGAUCAAUUUGGGUUUGUAAAAGGAAGACAAGUGUCACAUUUGAUAGGGAGAGUAUUAAACAAAAUAUGUGUCUCGAGAGAGGAAGUUAAAAGCGGGGAUACUAGCAUUAGAUAUAUUUAAAUUUUUGAUUGUGUGGGAUGGUAGACAUUAAGGGAGAUUAUGAAUAAAUUUGGAAUGGGAAGUGGAAUAAAAGGAUUACUAGAACAAUAUUAUUCAAACAAUUCAGCAGUAGUAGCCAUUAAUGACGGGGUGACAAAGGAAAUUACAGUCACAAGGGGAACAAGACCUGGGUGCCUUCUUUCGCCAAUUCUAUUUGCUAUGGUGACGGGGGCGGUCCAACCACAAGGCGAAUCAGGCACUGCUCUCCUGCUUGCCUUCCCUGGCUGCCUCGCCUGGCCUCUUCCAGGUCAUGCAAAUAGUAGGUCUCUUACAAUUUAGAUAUAAUUCACUCCAAAGCAGAUAAGGUGGAUUAUCUGCCUUGAUUUUCUGGGUUAUAUGGCUGUGUGGAAGGACCCUCAGGGCUCUUCCACACAGCCAUAUAACCCAGAAUAUCAAGGCAGGAUAACCCACAAUAUCUGCUUUGAACUGGGUUAUCUGAGUCCACACUUCCCUAUAUCCCAGUUCUAUGUUUGGUGCUAAAUUCGUAAAUAUAGUAAUUCCUACAUAACAUUACCAAGUAUUGAACUGCUUUUUUCUUUUGAUUUGUUGAUGUUUUGUUGCUUAAUUUGAUGAUGUUUUGUUGCUUAAUUUGUAAAAUCAUAAUGUAAUUUGAUGUUUAAAAGGCUUUUCCUUAAUCCCUCCUUAUUAUCCAACAUUUUCGCUUAUCCAACAUUUUUAUUUUUCAGUGAUUGCUUGGGGGGGGGGGGCAAAAUUCUGUUCGCUUACUCUUGAAAAUUACCUAGGGCCGGCCCUGUAUGGCAAUAGAAUUACAGUAGAGUCUCACUUAUCCAAGCUAAACGGGCUGGCAGAAGCUUGGAUAAGUGAAUAUCUUGGAUAAUAAGGAGGGAUUAAGGAAAAGCCUAUUAAACAUCAAAUUAGGUUAAGCACCAAAACAUCAUGUUAUACAACAAAUUUGACAGAAAAAGUAGUUCAAUACGCAGUAAUGUUAUGCUGUAAUUACUGUAUUUAUGAAUUUAGCACCAAAAUAUCACAAUAUAUUGAAAACAUUAACUACAAAAAUGGCUUGGAUAAUCCAGAAGCUUGGAUAAGCGAGGCUUGGAUAAGUGAGACUCUACUGUAUUUGCAAACGCCAUCAGAAAUUUAGAAGAGGUAGGAUUAAAGGAAAAGCAGAAGGUGAGCUUAUUUGCUGACGAAACACUGUUAUUUAUUAAAAAUAUGGUAGGUAAAAUGGAUAGGAUAAACGAUCAUUGAGAGAUAUUUGGGAAAACAACGGGUUAACAAGUAAAUUGGAACAAAUCAGAAAUGAUGUUAUUUAAUUAUACAAGGUAAGAAGAAAAAGACUUUAUAGAACAUACCAAUAUGGGAAUUAGAAUCAAGAACAACUUGAAAUACCUGGGAGUAAUUAUAACAAAAGACUUAAAAGAAACAGAUGAGGUAAAUGUAGUAGCAUUGAGGAAAGUAGUUCAAAAAUAUUAAUAGAAUAUGAAAAUAGACAUUUAUCCUGGUUUGGAAAGAUAGCAAUAGUAAAAAUGAAAAUACUUCUGAGGAUAAACUUCCUAUUUAGAGUGCUGCCAUUUCAGAUUACUGAAGAAGAGCUGAAUACAUUACUUAUUUGCGACAUUUCUACCCCGCCUUUCUCCACCCCGAAGGGGACUCAAGGCAGACUGAUGAUAAAUACUGUAAUGGCAGUCAAAGAAAUAGAUUAAACAAACAGUUAUGGUACAGAUCUCAAAAAGGAGUAUUAGCAAAGACAGACUGAUUAUAGAAGGACUGAUAAAAAGGAGGAUGUAGAAUGGUUAAUAAUGGAUUCAGGAAAAGCGGAGGAAGAAAUUUGGAAUAUUUUUUUCAAAGAGUUUAUGAGAAAAGAAAUCAGGGCAAUUGGGAACCCGAUGUUGAGUAAUGCAUUAGAAAUAUGGAACGAAUACAGGAGAAAGUUAAUAACAGAUGUUUCAAUAAUAACCCCAAUUAUUAUUGAAAAGAAAUUUCCAAAACAUAAAAAUAUAUGAUGGAUAAAAAAUAAGGGAAAAAACUUAAAUAAAAUAGGGGAUUGGCUAAAGGUUGGAAUGAAAAAAGAAAAGAUUAGGAACAUAAAAAUUUGAAAGGAAUAACCAGUAAAAUGUGUAAAAUAUUAAUCGAAAUUAACGAAGGAAAAGUAAAGAAUAACACUCUCAAGGAGAUUUGGGAAGAAGAUCUAAGAAUGAAAAUCAAUGAAAAGGAGUGGUCACAAUUAUGGGGACAUAGACAUUUGAAAAAUCCAUCAAUUCGAGUUAAAGAAAUCUAUUAGUUGAUAUGGAAAUGGUACCUAACAGCCAUAAGAAUAGAAAAUAUGAAUGAAAAAUACUGAAAAAAUUGCUGGAGAGGAUGCCAAGAAUUGGGAACAUACAUACACAGGUGGUAGCAGUGUCAAUAUGUAAAUAAUUUCUAGGGAAAAGUAUUAAGAGAGAUAGAAGACACAAUGAACAUUCAAAUAGAAAGAAGUCUUAGCAUGGAUCUGGAAACAAAGUGGUUGUGAUGAUGUCUGGAGAAAAUGUAUUGGAAGAGGAUUCACAAAGAAAGAGGGAAAAUUACCUCCACAAGAGGGAAUGAAAUGGAAUUUUGGACACAUGAUAAAUAAAAAAAGUGACUUGGGGGAGGGAACACGGUGGCGAGGGUAAAAAUAAUAGUAGAUGCCAAAUGUCAAUGUAAUGUAGAUUGUAGUGAAUAUUAUGUGGCUGCUGUAAAACGAAGGAUGUACGAAUUUUUUUAAAAAAAAUAAUAAACAAUAUUAGUAAUUUGUAUAAA